AUGCUAUCACUUCUCCCAUUUUUUAUUUAUCUUACCACUGCUGCAAGCAGGGGCAGCUUACCUACCUUGAAUACGCGCGAUUCCUUAGGUCCCAUCGGCACUGAUAGUCCUAGUGGCAUCACUGGCGGCCAGAUUGCUUGUGCGGCUCCUCCAGUGAGCUCGUUCUUUAUGGGAUUUGAUCCUCCAUUUCCCACAAACGGGUGGUGGGCGCCAUAUGCUGCUCCUCCUGGCAACGCAACUGCCGCAGGACCCUUCCCUUACCAAUCAUCCCUGGUGGGAGAAGGGUUUGUGUUCGGCUUCGGAGCAGACCGCCAAUUUGACGGGACAUCAAUUAAACAACCAUCGCAGAAGGAUUGGCGUGUUGGUUUCACCGAACACUCGGGGAAGUUCAGUAACCAUAAAGCGACUGCAUGGGAUACUCAAACUGUUACCUUGCAGUAUUUCGAGAACGAUGCGUCGAUGACGGUUUAUGGAGUUCCGGGGUCACCGUAUAUUACAUUCCAAUUUAACCAGUCGACUCCAAUAUUAACAGCAAUGAACGGGGGGAUUCAAUCCUUCAACGGCAAGUCGCUCUUGAAUGGCGGAAACGUAACCGCAAAUAACACGGAGUUUACUGUGACUGAUACCAAGAAUGCGACCUACAUUAUCUACAGUCUCACCCCAAUCACGCUCACAGCGAGCUCUACGGCCGGGUCUUCUGGGACAAUUGCAGCAUCAGAAGCCUUCACGGGCGUUCUUCGAGUCGUAAAACUAGAGGAUCCCAUCCACAAGACGAUUCUUGACGAGCAUUACCAGAUUUACCCAGUCUCUGUGGGGCAAACUUACAGCCUGUCAAACACAAUUGGAACAGUUAGCUUUCGCUGGAAUACGGUCGGUAAUGGAGAAAAUCUUCUAAUGCUUACCUGGCCACACCACCGGCUUGCGAUGCAGAACGAGAAUUUUCCAGAUAUGACAACGCUAUCAUAUAUGACUACUAAGGGGCAUAUGUACCCAGCCCUUGGAAAUGAAUGGCAACUGGCCUACAACCUCACAACAAUCGUAUGGGAUCCUCCACGAAAGCUUGAUUCUUCGUGUUCGUCGGCUGUUAUUCAGGGACUGGAAUACGAGGUUGGACAGCUUGAUCCUGCUAAAGCGCCUAUACCUGGUGACUUUUAUUUCUGGGGAGGUUCAAUGAACGCCGUUGCACGGUUAGCAGUAAUUGCUGACAAUCUUGGCCGCGAUGAUCUGAUUCCGCCAGUCAUCAAGUACCUUGAAGCUUCCUUUGAUCAAUGGUUCAACUCCACAGCAACAACUAUGGCCGCAUACGAAACUGCUUGGGGUGGCGUCAUCAAUAAGGCCGGAGCAAAUAACUCAUGGGUCGACUUUGGGAACGGAUACUACAAUGACCAUCAUUUUCAUUAUGGAUAUUUCUUGGCCGUUGCAGCGGUUAUUGCAAAGUACGAUCAGAGUUGGUUGAACCAACACAAGAGCUUUAUUAGCUGGUUUGCACGGGACAUCAUAAACCCAUCUACAGAAGAUCCUUACUUCCCCAUUACCCGGUGCCGAGACUGGUUCGCCGGACACUCUUGGGCGUCGGGGAUAGCUAAUGGUGCCGGGAGCCGUGACCAAGAAUCAACUGGUGAGGCUGUAAAUGGAUAUUAUGGUGCGCUUCUUUGGGCUUCUGUCGCACUUUCAGAGGACAUAGUAAAUUUUGCAAAGCUCCUGUUGGCUACGGAGAUGCAAGGUGCACAGGUUUAUUGGCAUCUUUAUCCGAAUCAGGCAUCGACCGACCCGAACAAUCCAUAUCCCGAGCAAGGCCUGCGAGACCUUGUCACAAUUGGUAACGUGGAGGAUUGGCAAGCCGGCGCGUGGUUGUUCUGGGGGAGCCAGAAGAGCGAGAUUGCGGCAAUCCAAAUCCUGCCAGUUCAACCUGUGAAUGAGAUUCUUUACGACGCCAAAUGGGUUAAGAAUGUUUGGGACUACACAAUGGUCGAACUAGUUGACCCAAGUAUUGGUGAUGGAUGGAAAUCGGUCAUCAUUGAUGCAUACUCGAACAUUGACCCACAAGUUGCGGCCCAGUGGAGUGCGAAUAUCACUUCUUGGGGCAGCGGUCAAACGUACACUAAUGAGCUCUUCUUCAUUGGGACACGACCUAACCCAAGCGGAGUGCCAAUUUGUGGCAAAGACACGCUCCCAUCUAACCCCUACGGGAAAUUUCUCAUCCAGGACGCGUCAUCAGGAAAAUAUGUUGCCACUUCCAGUGCAAACUCAAAUCUGAUCGCUUCAGCUGCCGAAGUCAGUGGUGCUGCCACUUUCAAUAGCUCCUUCGUACCCAACUCCGGCACGCUCCAGCUCAUGAGUACAGGAGAGUUUGUGACAGCUGAUCAGUCGGGGAACUUCACCCUCUCUGCGACUCGGAGCAUAGCCUCAAGUUGGGAGAUGUUUGUGAUCCGCCAGAAGAUUGGAGCGGCGGCUGGUGUGUACUCCAUCAAGGCGGCUAGCAAUGGAUUGUACGUCACCAUUAGUGGAGAUGGAUCACUUAUCAACAAUGGCAAGAAUGAAGCGGCGAGUUCGGGAUUUAAAUUUACAAACUCCUGA